GCUCCGGGCGCCUCCGCGCCGCGCGGGAAAGCUCCCGGGAAAGCUCCCGGCGCGGCCGGGCACCGCGCCCUCCCUCAGCGCUCCUGGUGCCGUCCCGGCACGGGCCAUGUCCAGCUGCAACAGCCCCGGGGGCCCCGCCGCCCUGGACUUUCCCGAAGUCCUCAAGUCCCUGCUGGAGUAUUCCUUGCCCUGGACCAACAAAAUGACAGAUAAGGAGAAGGAGAAGAUAAAACUCGAGGAAGAUGAAGCAGCAGCUGCCAGCACCAUGGCAGUCUCUGCUUCCCUUAUGCCACCCAUUUGGGACAAAACUAUUCCUUAUGACGGAGAGUCUUUCCACCUGGAGUACAUGGAUCUUGAUGAGUUCCUUCUGGAGAAUGGAAUUCCUUCCAGCCCUACUCACCUGGAUUUGAACCAGAAUCCACUCUUGCCUGUGGCUGAGCUGGAAGGAAAGGAGUCUGCCAGUGCUUCCACUGGCUCACCUGCAUCAUCAUCAUCUACUGCAGUUUACCAGCAAUCUGAAGCGGCCUCCAGCACAGAGUCCCCUCCACAAAAUGAGAGAAAUACUCCCAGCCCCAUUGAUCCUGACUGUGUAGAAGUUGAGGUGAAUUUUAACCCUGACCCUGCUGAUUUAGUGCUGUCCAGCGUGCCUGGUGGUGAGCUCUUCAAUCCUCGCAAGCACAAGUUUACUGAAGAGGACCUGAAACCACAGCCUAUGAUUAAAAAGGCCAAGAAGGUUUUUGUCCCGGAUGAGCAAAAGGAUGAAAAAUACUGGACAAGGCGAAAGAAGAACAACGUGGCAGCCAAGCGCUCCCGCGACGCGCGGCGGCUAAAGGAGAACCAGAUCACCAUUCGGGCAGCCUUCCUGGAGAAAGAGAACACGGCCCUGAGGACGGAGGUCGCGGAGCUGCGCAAGGAAGUGGGGCGAUGCAAGAACAUAGUUUCUAAAUACGAGACCAGAUACGGACCCUUUGACUUAUCUGAUUCCGAGUGAUGCAACCUUAAAGACUUAUAAAAACAAAGAAACUAAAAAGCACACAUGAAUCGCCAGUCUUCAGAGUGAGCGUGAAAUCUGUGAGGUGUCCCAACACAAACAACUGACGAUGACCCUGCCUGCCUGCUUGCCUGCAAGUACCCCAUCUGAACUACCCAGGGCUGGGCAUGAUGACAAGUGCAAAGUCUCCUUAAUUCUGUAUAUGCUUUCUUAUCUGUCUCUCUCACUGUAACCAUGAACUACAAUACGCUUGCGUACUGGGGUUUUGUCAAGACACUCAAAGUUCAUUUCUCCAAGUCUGUCGGCAACCUGUGUGAAUAGUGACUCUUUGUUCUGGCACUGGCGUGGAGGAAAAGGAGUUGCUUUACGUGGAAGGGGCUCUGUGUAUUGAGAACUGCUAAACAGAUGUUUCUUUUUUCCUGCAAUAAGUACUGCAGUGCUCCUCUGGUACAGCGUAGCAUCCCAUAUUGCUGAUGCACAACUGAAGGCACCAGGGAAACAGCAGUCUAUAAGGUGUAAGCCUGUCAGGGCGGGAAGGUACAGCACAGAAAGCACCACAGUGUGCCAUGCAAAGAGAGUAAUAAACUCCUAGCAGGUGACUCAUGUAAUAACAAAACACUUCAUUUGCUUUCCUGUCCUGGAGUUACACACCUGUAACCUACCUUUGCUUUUGUUUUUCCCACCUUCUUAUAAGGCUGACUUUCUUCUAUGGUAUYUGACUGAAACAAGAUCUGUUCUCCCCUUGCUGUUCAGCAGACAUGAGAAGGGUGUUGGUGUGAGCUGCUGAUCCCUGUGUCUUUCAGCAGUCCAUCACCACCAAAGGAGUURAUCGCCAAAACAACGACCUAGCCCCCACAUUACGGUUUCGGGCUCCUCUUGACUAGGGUGGGGAGCAAAUACUCUGCUCAUCUGUUCUAUAAAUGUGAAGCAACCAGUGAUUUUGGAGUCGCUAUGGGCUGCUUUACACUAUCCAGGCCUUUGUGCUGGUACAGGGGAGCGGGUGAAAGCUUGGACAGAUUGUGGGGAUGCCUGUUGUGUGUAGAGUAUGGAGGAGGUAGG